AUGUCUACAUCAGGUACCGGUACCAUGCAGGCGGUGGUAUUCCACGAGCCGUACAAGGUUGCCGUUGAGCAGGUGGCUAUCCCUACAGUGCAGGAUCCAGAGGAUGUGGUGAUUAAGGUUGUUUAUACGGCUCUCUGCGGCAGUGAUUUGCACACUUAUCGUGGUGUUGAGCCUGCUCCACCGGGUUUCAUCAUGGGCCACGAGUUCAUGGGUGAGGUUGUUGAGCUUGGUAGUGCUGUGAAGGGAUUUAAGAAGGGUGAUCGAAUCGUUAGCUCCUUCACGACGUCCUGUGGUACUUGCUUUUACUGCAAGCAAGGAUUUUCCUCGCGCUGUGAGAAGAGCACUCUCUUCGGCUGUGAGGUUCUGAACGGUGGCCAAGCUGAAUAUAUCCGUAUCCCCAAUGCCGAAGGCUCCGCCAUGAAAGCGCCAGAGGGCCUUGACGAGAAAUACCUCGUGCUGAUGGGCGACAUCUUCCCAACAGGCUACUUCGCCGCUAACAACGCAUUUAAGAACUCAACACCCGAGCAAAUCGCCGAGCAAACCGUUGUUCUGAUCGGUUGUGGACCUGUCGGUCUCUGUGCACUUAUCAACGCAUUGGAGUUCAAGCCUAAGCAUAUUCUUGCUGUUGACUCCGUUCCCUCCAGACUGGAACUGGCUAAGUCCCUUGGUGCCGAGCCUUGGAACUUCAUGACAGAUCGUGAAGGUCUGGAUAAGCGUGUUCUAGAGCUUACUGGAGGUCGUGGCGCCGAUGCUGUGAUUGAGGUUGUGGGAUUGAGUCCUGCGCUGCGAACUGCGUAUGAUUUGUUGAGGCCUUGGGGAACUAUCAGUAGUGUGGGAGUUCAUAAUGCCGAGAUUCCUUGGGAUGGUAAUGAUGCCUACAACAAGAACCUUACUGUGCAGAUGGGUCGAUGCCCGGUGCGAUCGGUUGCUCCUAAAGCGCUGGAGGUUUUGAAGAAGAACCAGCAUAAGCUUGGAUUCAUGACUCAGAAGAUGAUGCCGCUCUCGCAGGCUGUGGAGGCCUAUGAGCUGUUCAAUGCUAUGAAGGUGCAAAAGGUCAUUUUCUUGCCUGACCAGUAG